AUGGAAAAUCAAAAUGAGAAAAACACAUCAGUGACAACUGAAGCAACAGCAUCUAUAAUAGAUCUUGGAAUGAUCAGUAAAGAAGAACAUGAUAUGGUAUCUUGGAUUAUAGAUUAUUUCAGCUUACCACUUCUCUUUAUAGCCGUAUUGUUUAAUUUCUUCAAUAUUGCUGUUUACAAACGAAAAUGUAGCGAUGCGUCUACGACGUAUUUAAUUAGUCGUGGUAUUGUAGAAGUUAUAUAUUGUCUGAUGUCCCUUGCGUCUGGCCUUAUGUCCAUGAUAUACGGCGCAAACGCUACCACCGAAUUCGCCUAUCUUUGGUACACUGCCUAUGUUUCUAGAGUUGUAACCUCUGCUAUAAGACGAUCUGCGUUUUGUUUGACCUGCAUCGUCACAUGUCAACGAUGUCUCGUCUUGGCAUUUCCGUUACGUUUCCGUCAAUUCAAAAUAUCACGUUUUCCAGUAACAGUAAGCCUUGUUGUCAUAGUUACAACGAUAUUGCUUCAUAUACCACAAGGCCUUAAAUAUUCUGUGGUUGCCAUUAAAGAAACACAGGGGAUAAAUGGGAGACAACAACAUUUAUCACCGUAG